AUGAUUUCAGCAAAUGAGGGAUCCCCAAAAGAGUCAUUUGGCUUCUCAGACAGAUCCUGGCUGCAAAUCCUUUUUGGGGUUCUGCUAAUAUUAUACACAAUCACCAUUUUUGGCAAUGUAUCCAUCUUGAUGGUAUGCAUUCUGAAUCUCAAACUUCAUACACCUAUAUAUUUCUUUCUCACUAGUCUCUCCAUCUUAAAUCUCUAUUAUCCCACAAGCACAGUUCUUCAUAUGCUGGCAAAUAUCUGUUGCAACAAAAAGACCAUCAUAGGUGGCUGCAUGGCCCAGCUCAUCAUUUUCCUGGCCUUGGGUGCUACUGAGUGUCUUCUCCUGGCUGUGAUGUCCUUUAACAGAUUUGUGGCGAUUUGCAGACCCCUCCACUAUGUAGUCACAAUGAAACAUUUGUUCUGCUUAAGAAUGGCAGCCUUCUCAUGGCUCACUGGUUUCAGCAACUCUGUAUUGCAGUUUUCCUUGACCCUUAACAUGCUCUGCCGUGGCCAUAAGGAAGUGGACCACUUCUUUGGUGAGGUCCUUGCCCUUCUCAAGUUGUCAUGUGCUGCCACAAAACCUAUUGAGGCUGAUUUUUUCUUUAGUGUAUUAAUUCUGUUAAUUCCAAUCACAUUGAUCUUCCUCUCCUAUGGCAUCAUUAUUCAAGAAGUAUUGAGAAUCAAGUCAGCAGAAGGAUAACAAAAAGCUUUCGGGACAUGAGAGUCCCACUUGAUUCUAGUAUCUCUUUUUUUUGGAACAGGCAUCUAUAUAUAGCUACAACCACCUUCAUCCACUUCUAACGACUGGGAAAAGAUGGUUUUCAUCAUCUGUGGGAUCAUCACACUCAUGUUGACCCCUCUCAUUUCCAAUCUUAGAAAUAAGAAUAUGAAAGAGGUCUUCAGGAAGGUGAUGCCAAGAAUCUUUUUCUUUAAGAAAUAA